AUGAAGACCAAUCAGUUGCCUUCUUUACUACUGUUCUCUCUCCUUUCACUCGCAGAUGCCAUCAAUCUCCAAAAGAGACAACAUGGGCUUGAGCCGAGGGUUAUGGCUGUUAGUAUCCAGCGCCGCGAGGUAGCUGACCCUAUUACCCAUGAUCGAAGGCGUCUCAGCAGAAGAGAUGGUACAGUAAACGUCGGAAUAGACAAUGAGCAAUCCCUCUACUUCCUUAAUGCAAGUUUAGGAACACCACCACAAGACUUCCGUCUGCAUCUUGAUACUGGGAGCAGUGAUCUUUGGCUCAAUGUCGUGGGCUCAAAGCUCUGCGAGUCUCAUGCCGGAAUUUGCAGCGAGUCUGGUCUGUACAACCCCAACAAGUCGUCGACAUAUCACUUUGUGAACAGUGACUUUAACAUCUCCUACGCCGAUGGCUCUGGCGCCACUGGUGAUUAUGCCACUGAUACCUUUAGCAUGGGAGAUGUCACGGUCAAGAACCUCCAGUUCGGGAUUGGCUACGACACUUCAGACAAUGAUGGGGUUCUCGGUAUUGGCUACAAGACCAAUGAGGCUAUAAUUCAGUACGAUGAGAAGCCGUACAACAACUUGCCGGCCAAGUUGGCUGCUGAUGGAAUCAUCGCGUCGAAUGCAUUCAGCCUGUAUCUGGACGACCUCGAAUCUGCGACUGGAACGAUCCUGUUUGGAGGAGUAGACCAGGAGCAUUACAUCGGCGAUCUGAUCACUUUGCCUAUCAUGCAGAUUAAUGGCGCGUAUUCCGAGUUUUACAUCGCCCUCAACAGCAUCAGCGCAGACUCGCAAACCAUCGUUGAAGACCUCGGCCUGGGCGUUGUGCUCGACUCAGGCUCAACUCUCUCCUAUCUCCCCGCCAGCGUCACAUCAGACAUAUACGACAUCGUCGGUGCCCAGUAUGAAGAGGGAGAGUCGGUGGCAUACGUGCCCUGCGAUCUCUCAAGCGAUUCAGGCAACUUGACGUUCAAAUUCAGCAACCAAGCCGAGAUUACUGUCCCGCUGAGUGAGCUGGUGCUUGACUUUACCACCAUCACCGGCCAGAGAAUGUCUUUUGACAAUGGCCAAGCCGCAUGUACUUUUGGAAUUGUACCCUCCACAUCAGACAUAUCCAUCCUCGGCGACACAUUCUUGAGAAGUGCCUAUGUUGUGUUUGAUCUAGCAAACAACGAGAUUUCCCUGGCGCAGAGUAACUUUGACGCCAACGGAUCGCAUAUCGUCGAGAUUGGCUCUGGCAAGAAUUCUGUUCCCACAGGUACUGGAUCAAACGGUACUGGAUCAUCGGACAACAGCGAGAAUGGCGCUGGAGCACUCUCGCCACUGGGAAGUGAUGGGGUCACGUCUAUGCUUGCUGGGGUUGGGGCUCUUGCAUUUGCCUGGCUUCUUAUUUAG